AUGUCUUUCAAAAAGGUAGUAUGUUUUCCCUUUAAAUUAUGGAACAUGCUUCCAUAUAUCCAACAAUUAGUGUUAUUAACAUUAAUAAUUUUACUACCAUUUCCUUAUAUGAUAGAACCUGGUUUAUUAUCAAUACCAUAUUUAUUAGAAUUUUUAGUAGUUUCAUUUAGUGGGAUAUUUACAGAAACAUAUAUUUUAAGGGGAUGGUCAUUAUUAAUUACUCUGUAUUCAUUUGUUCAUUUUAUUCUUUUACUUGUAUUUUAUUUGGUUGAUAUCGAAGAACAUUGGGGACUAAUGUUAUGUGGAUUAAUGUUUAAAAAUCAAAAACAAGAAUAUUAUAUUCUUCAUACAAUUUUUGUUGGAGUGAUUGGAAUUAUUUCUUUUUUUGGAAUUUUUUCACGUUCAGAAAAAAUUAUUAUUCGUCAUACAGCUUUAGUUCCAACUCUUACUGCUUUGUUCUUUUUUAUUUCUGCUUUUGUUGUUAAUUCAUCUCAAGGAGGAAUCAUUCCAAUUUUAUUCUUCUUAGCUUCAAUAGUUUUAAUUAUUUCACCAAGAUUAUUAUUUAAAUUCCUUUCAGUCUCACUUGCUUUUAUAAUGUUUAUUUAUUUAAUUAUAUUAUCAUUGUGGAAUGUCUUCUCAUUUGUUUCUAAUGAAUAUAAUUUCUUUCAGGUAACUGAAUUAGAUGUAUUACAAAAAGCUAUGUCUACUGUUGGAUUUUCUAUUGUUAAAUAUCCUUCUUGGGUUUUCUUUGGUAUGAAUUAUGUUGCUUAUUUAAUGUUUCCUCUAAUAUGUCUUUGUAUCAAAAUUAUAUUUAAUGAAAAAGAACCAGAAAAUAAUUUAGAAAAUUCUCCACAAACAGGAAUAACAGAAUUUACAUCAAAAACAGAAGAAGAUAAUUCAGAAGAAGAACCAUUCAUUGAUGAAAAGAAAUCAAAAAAUAAAAUAAUUAAAGAAGGAUUAAAACAAAUAUAUAAAUUUAUUAUUACAUGUCUAGCAGUUUGUUUACAAAUAAUUGUAAAAGGAGGAGUAUUUAUUUCAAUUAUUGUAAUGUUUUGUGUAGGUCUUGUAAAUAUUAACAUCUUUGGAUUUUCAUUUUUAGUUAUUUCUAUUUCAUUAAUAUUUAUUCCAAUUAAUUAUUGUCAAAAAUUAUGGCCAAUUGUUAUUAUUUAUACAUUAAUUAUAGUAUUAAUGGAAAUGAUUGUUCAAUUAGAUUACAUUGAUAUUUCAUCACUUCCAUCAUACACUGGAUUAUAUAAAUUUAACGAACAAACAACACAUUCUGUAGAUAUUCAAUGGGAUGAUACUCAUCUUGGAGAAUUAAUAUCAAAGAUUAUUUUAUUAUUUGUUUCAUUUCUUGAAUAUUAUGCAAAUAAAAUUGGUGUUAAAGUGGUUCAUGAUGAUAGUAAAAUAGAAGUAUUUAAAUAUUCAUGUGCAAAAUUUAUUGAUUUCUGGGGAUUAUUUAUUUGUUGUGUGGUUAUUGCAAUUGCUGCUUUUUAUGAAGACAUUAAUAUUGAAUUAAUUUUAUAUAUUAUUGCAUUAGCAAUUCUUGUUCUCUUACAAACCCAUUUUGUUUAUUCCAAAGUAGUAAUACAAUUUAUUUUACCUAUUUAUUCAAUCAUAUUCUUUGUUGUUCUUCUUGUUCGUUAUGUUUCUCAAUUUAGACCUGAUUCAGUUUAUUCAAACAAUAAUGAAAUUUAUAUUAAUAAUUUUUGGGAUAUCUUUACUGGAAUGAGUCAAGUAGAAGUUGGUUGUUUAAAAUAUAAUUCAUUAUGGGAACGUCUAAAAGGAUUUUUACCAAAUAUUCUUGUUAUUGCAGUUUGUGCUAUAGAAAGUCGUUUAUUAAUUACUGUUCCUCGUUAUUUAAAAGAAGUUGAAGAUAUGUACCUUGCUGAAUUAAAGAAAAAGAGAGGGGUUCAACAUUUUGACCGAGAUACACUUCAAUAUUCAUUCAAUAGAUUUGAACAAGAAGCACGUUUAGCAGAUGAAAGUAAUGAAGAAAAGAAUUUAACUAAAGUUGAAUUAAUUUCCACAAGUCAAGAAGGACAUAAAAUUCUUAAAUCUAAGAAAGAUAAAACAAAUAAACAAAAUAAAUAUUUAGAUGAUGAAGAAAAGGUUCAAUGUAUUCCUAAGGUUAUUUGUGAAUUAUCUGAUUUAGUUAUGAGGUUUUUAGCAAUUUAUAUUCCACACAUAUCAGUUAUUUGCGCUAUUAUUAUAGCUGCAUAUCCAAUUGUUGAUUCUACAUUUGAACAUCAAACAUGGGAUUGUUUACACUUUUUAUUAUUCAUAACAACUAUGAUUUGUCUUCUUUCUAAGAAAGGAUUUAAUGCAGCAUGUGCUCCAUUAUUAUGGGUUUGCACUAUUAGUAUGAUUAUAUUAAUUAUUCCGAAUUUUAGAACAUUCAACCAAUUAAUAGACCAGUAUAAUGUUUUUGGAUCAACUCAAACAAAAAUAUGGGUUUAUAGUCUUAUUGGAAUUAAAACAUGUUUUGAUGAUGUUUUAACAGCACCUAAAUGUGUUUCUUAUGAUGAAUUAAAAUAUCCAUAUUGUUGGGAUUUAAUAAAGGAUUUUCUUGUAAUUUUUUUCCUAAUUAUUAUAACAAGGACUUCAUUUUUCUGGGGAAGAAUAUAUAAAAAGAAAGAAAGAUUAACAUUAUUUAGAUAUAUUGAUUUGGAAUAUGAUUUAAAAAAAUAUUCAUGGAAUAAAGUAAAAUAUUAUAUUUCAAAUUUCUUCAGUUAUUUUGGUCCACUUUAUAUUCUUUUGGUAUUAAUGAUUUGUAUUUGUUUACAUGCUAAUGAUUUUAUGGCAAUUCUUUAUAUUAUUAUUUCUUUAGUUGCAGUUAUUUGUCCACAUAAAAUUCUUACUAAAAUGAUUCCAGUUGUAGAAAUUAUUUUAUUAAUACUUGUUAUUAUUAACUCAGUUUGGACAAUUCCAUUAGAACCAUUAGAUACACAAUGGGAAAUUUGGAAGAAAUGGGAUUGGGAUAUUGAUUAUUCUUUAAGAAAAUAUACAUUAUUAAUGCCAGUUGAACAAGGUAAAAAAUUAUUGGUAAUAAAGGUAUUUGACUGUUUAUUUAUUUUUCUUAUUAACCGUAUAUCCUUCCAUUUUAGAGAAGGUCAUGUUCAUGAAAUAUAUAAAUUCAUUUCACCACCUUAUUUCCCUGAAGAAUCUCGAAACAUUUUUGAUGGGGUUCAUCGUGUUUUAUUAAAAUAUUUUAAUCUUAUUUGUGGAAUUGUUAUAAUGUUACUUGCUGUUAAUCGUAAAGAUAUUAUAUCAUAUGUUUAUGUUGGAAUGACAAUGUAUAUUGUUUUUAAAGGUAAAUUCCUUAGAGAAAGAAUUCAAUGGAAGAUAUUACAAGUUUUAAAUUUCUUUAUUCUUAUUGUACAAAAUAUUUUUGUAUUAUCUUCUCUUCUUACUUACUUUAAAGAUGAUGAAGAAACUAAAAAAACACAGGGAAUUAAUUUAGUGUUGCAAAUCUUUGAAACAUUUGGACUUUAUAUGCAUGCAGGAGAACCAUUUGUUUUUAAUGUAGUUAUAUUAUUUGUUAUGUUAAUUAGAAGUGCAGUGUUUAGACAAAUACCAGAGACAUUCAGAAAAUUAGAAGAUAAUAUUGAAAAAGAACGAGCAAAUAUCUUUGUAAAAUUAAAAGAGUUGAUUGAUUUAGAUAGAGACAAAAUAAUGAUUGAAUUAGAUAAAAAAUAUAAUGAAAAAGUUCUUCGUAUGAAAAGAUUAGACGAGUUGAGAGAAUUAAGAAAAAAAGAUAGAUUAAGUGAUUUCCAUGAUAAUGAUCUUGUUGAAGUUUCAGAAACAGCUCCAAAAGAAAUUAUAACGAAAGGAUUCUUCCAAAAUCUUUGUGGUACUACAAAAGAAAUUUCUUUAAACUGUAUUGAUGCUUUGAUCCAUUUCUUACAUAGUAGAAAUCUUGUUGUUCGUUUAAAUUUACCUAAAAAUGCUACUGAUGAACAAAUAGAAGAUAGUUUAUAUACUACAAUUAAACCAGUAAGUAAAGAACCAUCAGCUACUUUUACCCCCAAAAUUGGAUCAACUAGACAAACUCCAAGAAAUACAGUAGAUGUCAUAACAUCUAGCGACAUUGUUCAAUCAGACGAUAAUGAUGAUAAUGAUGAAAAUGUAUUUUAUUCCGUUAAAUCAUCACCAGAAAAUUUAUCAAUAAACUCUUCAACUUCCUCUUCAGAAGAAGAAUCAAAUGUUUCAAAGGAAGAAGAAUCAGAGGUUUCAGAAGAAGAGAAUCCUCCACCAUCAGCCAAACUUGUUCCAAAGAAUGAAGUACAACAUCAAUUGAAAUCAAUGUCAGAUAUUAUUGAAAUGGAACAAAAAGAAGAAACAAGUCAAAAAAGUUCUUUAUCUAAUUUGGAGAAUCCUAAUGUUAAGUCAAAUACAACCACUCCAGAAAAAAAAGUUACAAUGAAAACUUCAAGAAUUUAUUCAAGUAAAAAUCAAAUUCCUAUUCAUAAACCUAUUCCACAAAGAAAUUAUGAAUUUAUUCAAAUUCAUGAAAGAAAUGAACCAUAUAAAUAUAAAGGUAGAAUAUAUAUGUUAUUCUGGGGACUUUGUUUUUAUUUUGGUCAACAAACCGAGGUUUUGGUUCAAAUUAUUUUAGUGAUUAAUGAAUUAAUUAAUCAAAAUGUUUUAAGUGCUGUGUUCCCUAUUAUUGGAUUUGCUGUUAUAGCACUUUCUAUUAGACCAUACCCAACUAAAUUCUUUUGGAAUUUCUUAUCAUUGUAUAAUGUAUGUCUUAUUCUUGUUCGACUAUUCUUCCAAUUACCAGGAUUUUGUUUAACUCCAAAUGAAUAUGAUCAACAAUAUGAUGUUAUUUCAUAUACCACUCAUAUUUUUAACGAAAAAACAAUGCAAUGUGAUGCUACACCAUUAACAAAAAAUCAUAUGUCUCCUGUUUAUUUAAUAGGAAUUUAUCCAGUUCAUCGAUACAUUGCAUCAAGAUUUAUUUGGGAUAUUCUUUGUUUAUUUGCAAUAUUAAUACAUUUGUCAUGUAUGAGAUCACGUGGAUAUUGGAAACAACAAUAUUUAUUAAGAAGACAAUGGUCUAAUUUGAUUAUUGAAAAUUAUAGAAGACAAUUAGUCAAUAAAAUUAAACCAAGAACAUUUGGAGAAUUAAAAUUUGUUGUUGAAGCAUUAGUAGAUUUUGAAGCACCUGAUGGAGAAGAAGAUUUUCUUUCAUAUAAAAAACAUGAUUUGUUUGUUGUUGAAAAUAUGCAAGUUAAUGGAGAUUUAUUUGUUUCCAAAGGAGGGAAAAUGGGACUUAUUAAUUGUGAAAAUGUAACUAUUUAUGUUCAAAAUGGUAAAGUAAUAAAUAGCCAAGUUUGUAAAAAAUCAAAAAAGGUACAUAAAAAAACAUAUGACAAGAAAUAUUGUGUAAAGAAAGAUAAAGUUUUAGAUGCUAUUGAUGAAUUUGAAUGUGUUAAUUAUCAUGAAGUAGAAAUGUUAUCAGAAAAAUCUCUUGAAGUUAGUGAACAAAUGAGUUCAGAUAAACUAAAUAAUUUCCUCAAAGAUCGUGAGGAAUAUUUGAGAGAAAAAGAAUUAAAAGGUAAAAAUAAAAAUAUGAUUGAUAAAGCUUUUAGUACAGUAUAUAGUCCUCUUAAAUCAUUCUUUAAUUCUAUUGUCAAUGACCAAUUUAAACAAGGAGCUGAUUUUUAUAUACCAUUGUUUAUUAGUGAAGCUCUUUGUUUCUUAUUCCUUAUUAUUUUCCAAGGUACUUUUACUAAUAUUCAAGGUAGUUUUAUUAAAUUCUUUACAGAUGAUUAUUUACCAAUUACCUAUGUUCUUGGAUUAUUUUUACAAUUUGCAAUGAUUCUUGCAGACCGUAUUAUUUAUUUAUGUAAAUCUAUUAAAGCUAAAUUAGUUAUGCAAUAUUUUUCAUUACUUUUAUAUCAUAUUUUAAUAGUUAUUGUAUAUCCUUCAUUUGUUGAAACUAAAACAAAAAUAGUUAAAGCAUGUCUCACUAUAUUUUACUUAUUCAAAGUUGUUUAUUGGACAAUUUCUGGGCUUCAAAUAAGAGCUGGGUAUAAUAUAUUAUCAUCAAGACGAAUAUUAAUGACAAAUUAUUCAUUCUAUUCUCAAAUGGUCUUUCAUACUUAUUACACAUUACCUUUUGUUUAUGAAAUUAGAACAAUCCUUGAUUGGUGUCUCUCAAAAACUUCAAUGUUUUACAAACAAUGGUUAAAAGUAGAAGAUAUUCAUGCAGAAUUAUAUAUGAACCAAUGUGACCGAGUAAUAGAACGUAAUAGAAAUCAUGUAUAUGGACAGCCAAGAGGAAUUGUUGAAAGAAUUACUUCUGGAUUUAUUAUGGUUAUUGUUCUUCUUGCAAUUUUAUGGUUCCCAUUAUUAUUCAUGUCAUCUGCUGCUCCUAAUUUUACUCAACCAAAACCUACAAACCUUGAAGUAGUUUUGAAUUUCGUUGGUCAAGGAGAAUUAUAUAAACAACAACAAUCAGUAUUCAAAGAAAUUACUAAAACUGAAUGGAAUGAGUUACAAAAAGACCAUUCUUCAUUAUCUCUUCUUUCUGGUGAAGCUAUUUAUUCAAGUCAAUUAUCAUCCGAUGCAAUGACUUAUUGGUUAUUAACACCUCAAAAGAAAAAAGAGUUAAAUACUAAUUUACUUGCUGAUGAAACAUUAACAUUAACUUAUGCAAUUUCCAUGUCUCGUGAGUCAUCUGCUGCAUCAAAUUCAUUCAAAUUUAGUGGAUCAUACGAAAUGAAUACCGAAGAAAAAAAGAAAUUAUCAAUAAUUCUAAAUAAUGGAACUAGUGAUUUAUAUUUAUCUAUCUUUCCUCAAAUCUUGGAGAUGCCAACCUUAAAAGAGAAAGAAGUCCUUAAUGCUUUUGAUAAUGUAAAUAUUACUUUAAAGCCAAUUCUUCACUUCGACUCAACUACUAACUUGUAUUAUUGGUCUGUUCAACAAUGUGUAGAUGUUGAUAAACUUUGGAAUUGUUCAGAAGGAAUAAAGUUUUUCAUUGCAUCUCCAAAAGUUCCAAAUUCUGGUAUUUUAUCUGCUCUUAGUUCAUUAGGUAUUAUUGGUCUUUAUACUGUUGUUGUACUUGCACUUUAUUCUUUAAUCAAAUCUGAUUAUGUAGGUCAGGCUCAUACAAUUAUGUUUAAAAAUCUUCCGAAUUGUUUGGGAUUGUUACAACUUUGUGAUGAUAUUAUUAUUGCACGACAAGAUGGUGAUUUACGUCUUGAAGAAGAUUUAGUGAAUGAACUAAUUACAAUAUAUAGAACUCCUUCUCUCUUGUUUGAAAAGACUAAGUAA